GAUCACAACAACAAAACAAGAUUUACUUAAUAAAAAUAGAUACACUGACACGCCAGUUUCUCAGUACAGUUAAUUUCUCACAGAAGAAGUGUUUGUUCGAGGCUCGUCUGCUCGAGGGAUGCUGCGUCUUGUAUCUCUCGUUUUAAUCUCUUCAUGUUGCGCACUUCAGAAAAAGAAUUUAAAAAAAAAUGAUCCUGCGCGCUCAUCAUUGUCAUGGAAGAUUUGUCUCAAGUGCUAUAUGCGUUCACUACUGAUUGAAGAAGACCAAGAUCAACCAUUUCAGUUCUACUUUUGUGUCGGGGUAUAACUAGUCAACUUUUUGUGCUAGUCGUAAAAAUCUAUCUUUGCAAUUGAUCUAACAUCUUGGAUCGUUAUAAUCACGGUUUUUAACUUAUCCCGGUCGUUUAUUUAUUUAACUAAUUGUUGAUAUGUAACUGCUCGCCUUUUUGAUUGAGCAAACUUUAAAAUUUCAGGGUGCUCAAUAUACCUAAGUGAAUUUUUUAGCAGAAUAUUUACGUAAAUUCAAUUUUGCGUUUUAUAAUUCACAAUGAUGUGGUGAAAGUUCUAAGUGAAAUUUAGCAGAUUUGGCUGUGAAGAAGUUUACGGAUGAUGCGAGUACGAAAUAAAGAAUGAUGUAUACUGAGUUAUAAUAUGUACAUAUAUAUUUUGAAUUGGAAAAGCGGAAAAUUAUUGCAUACAUUUUUUUGGCACAGCAGUCGAUUUUGUUCGUGGCAUGCGUCUACCUAUAGACAGAAGUAUCUAAUUGUAGUAAAAUUAAUAUUACAACGGAAAAGUUCAGUGUGGAAGUGUCAUAAACAUGUAUAGUAAACCUGUUACUCAAAGUUAGAAACAUCAAAGUUAAUACUAUCGUCGUUAAUAGUAACCAAAUCGGAUAUGGAUUUCAAAUGCAAGAACAAUGCUUUCGUUCUUUUACGAAUAUUUUCUACAGACUUUUCAGUUUAGAGUUUCUUUCAAUUUAAACAGUGCAAAACGAAGUUUUGAUGAUGUUUUUUAGACUUUUAAAAAUGUUUUAAUGUUUUAAAGCUUUCGAAAAUAAUCUACAAACACUUUCUAAAACUUAAUAUCAGUCAAAAUAAAAGCUCACAAUAGUGCAGCUUUACUCAAAAAAAUCAUUAAUUCAUACAAAUCGACGUUAUAGUGUCAAGUUUUUGUGAAUACUAUCUUUCGACACUAUGCCACUGUAUCAUCUUAUGGUCUUUUGGUUUUUUAUGCCUAAUCUAACAUACGGACAGCGUCCGCUCUUCAAUCACACAGCUAAUUCACUCUCGCACAAUGGCCAUGCUUUGGGACAAAAACUUCGCAAUAGCGGCGUUAUUCGAGAUCCUAUACAUUUGCAAACAACUCAAACAACAUUACUUCAUCCUCCAGCUAGUCAACUAAUCUUCGAUGAUUUGCAAAAUUUGGGGAGCACGAGGCUCCCGCCAGGACGAAGAGGAAAUCGUCGAAGAGAUCAAGUACUAUAUCAACAACGGCCGCAAAACCAACAAAGACCAUCUACAUUCGAUUCAUUACGCAAGGAAUUGAUGAAACCUGACCUAUCGUCCGCGUAUUCAUCGUACUCACAGGUUGCAUCGGUUGGAAAUAUAGGAGGUGUCGGUGUUACAGGUGCUGGAACUUCUAGCAGAUUCUCUGAAAUUAAUCAACUUGCUCCAAUGUACUCGACACGAAUACCACCGCCAUCGUCGGUGGACAAUAGACCAACAAGACUGCGGGGCAGAAAAAAUAGCUCCAUGAAUGAAAUUUUCAAUUUAGCUUACAACCAGCGACACCAGCAAGAUGCCGAACGCCAAAGUGAUGAUCCGGCGAAUGGAGCCAGUGAUGAUAUCAUUGACGGUGUAUACGCCAAUCCAAUGAAACAAAUUAAAGAGCGCAUUAUGUCGGCCCCAUACAAUGCUUAUGAGCCACAAACUGAAUUGACACAAUCAUCAGAAAUGGAAGAUCUACUAGGCGUCAAGUGCAACUUUGAAACCCCUUGCGCUUGGAAAUGGAAUGAAAACCUCGCCGAUGGUUUCCAAAUAAUAACAGGAACUGACUUAUCUAAGCAAAAUAUGACUGGAGUAAUGCCAGGUCCUGUUGCAGAUUCAAAAGGAGAUGCCAAUGGACACUUUCUAUAUGCACGUCUUUCAUCGAGCACUGAACAAGUUAAUCUCACCUCACCACAAUUCAGUACUACAAUGGAUAAAUGCCAACUUGAAGUCUAUAUACAUCAGAGUGAUAUGAGUCAUGGCCUAUCAAGAAUAGUUGUCGAGCCCCUACACUCUACUGAAAGUCCGUGGGUACCAACCGAGCUGGCUGGCAAUAACUUCCGACACUGGGAACACCAGGUCUACCGUAUUGGACGCAUAACACGUGAUUUUCGAAUUGCCUUUGAAAUCGUUCCUAGACUAAGUGAUUCACAACGGGCUCACGUGGCCAUCGAUAACUUAAGGAUGGUGAAUUGCUUCCCAGAAGGAACUAAGAGCGAAAAAUGCAGCACCUCACAGGUGAAAUGCAUGAUGAAUAAGGUUCCUGUGUGUAUUCCUCUUCCAAGGAUUUGUGACAUAAAUCGUGAUUGUGAUGAUGCAGAAGAUGAAUUGCAAAAUUGUGACAAAAUACCAUAUGGAGGAAGAUGCGAUUUUGAAAGCGGUUGGUGUGGUUGGCGUGAUUCGGGCAAGACUGUUCUUGCUUGGUCACGUUACACAGGAUCAUCACCCACACAUGACACUGGUCCUGAUAGUGACCAUACAUACCAGCAUUUAAUGAAUUCCACUGGUUAUUACAUGCUUGUUGACAUGAAUCAGCACAUCAACAAUUCCGAAAAAGGAUCGUUAAUAGGUUUUGCUAGUAAUGCUAUUAUGAUUAGUAAAACGUUCAACCCGCCACCAUUAGUACAUGGUGAUGCAAAUUCGCCCUACCGUAAUUCCUGUGUUGUUCGGUUUUACAUUCAUCAAUUUGGUAAAAAUCCAGGUAGUAUAAACUUAUCUGUCGUCGAGAUGAAAGAAAAAGAAAAUAUAACAACGACUCUUUGGUGGAGCACAAAAAAUCAAGGAAUUGAUUGGUUGCGAUCAGAAUAUGUUCUUCCGAACAUUACUUCAAAAUACUAUCUUCAAUUUGAAGCAAGAAUGGGAAUGCGAAUAUUUUCUGAUGUUGCAAUGGAUGAUUUUUCACUAAGUCCAGAGUGUUUUGGUCUAAACAUACCGAAGGAGUAUCUGAAUGGCUAUGACUACUGGGAUGUGCGGUACAAUAUGAAGAGCCCUUCGCAUUCUGACUUUGAAUAUAAACCAUAUAUGGAACUGACUACGUGCAAUACGCGAGGAAUGAUAGGACCGACAGCUUCACAGUGUGAGGCUUUUUAUAAGGAACACAAUAAAUCCCAUAUCCUGAAGGAAGUUCGUGUUGUAGAAGAUCAAAGCACAUAUAAGGGAAUGCAAAAAUGGAAAGUUCCGAACGAAGGUCAUUAUACAAUUAUUGCAAAAGGAGCCAGUGGUGGUCUAGGUUCAGGUGGCGUUGGAUCUUCCCGAGGUGCUAUGGCGGUAUCAGUUUUAGAAUUACAUAAAAAUGAAGAGCUGUACAUUUUGGUUGGGCAACAAGGUGAAAAUGCCUGCAUAAAAUCGUUGACUUUCAAAGAUGAAGGCUGUCGCUCUGAUAGUGAAAUAAACGAUGAUUUAAGCAGAUAUAGCUUCAAUUCAAAAGCUUAUAUGGUAAAGAAUAUUGUCAUUGAAAAUGGAGCUGGAGGAGGUGGCGGUGGAUCUUUUGUAUUUCUGUUAAAUUCCGCCAAAAAUGAAGCAGUACCACUAAUAGUUGCUGGUGGUGGUGGAGGACUCGGAAUAGGAAGAUAUAUUGAUGAAGAUUUUCAACAUGGACAACCACCUAAUCCAAUGAGACCAGGUGCAUCUGGACAAAUCCACGGUGAAAGCAUAAACCAACGAACUGCUGGCCCAGGUGGUGGAUGGAGAGCAAAAGAAGACACCGCCCUCAGUCCACGAUAUGGAGCCCCCCUCUUACAAGGUGGGCGAGGUGGACUUUCUUGUUACGCUGAAGGGCAGGAGAGUCGUAAUGGCCAAGUUAAUACCCAUGGUCAAGGUGGUUUCGGAGGAGGCGGUGGAGGAUGUAAUACUGGAGGUGGUGGAGGUGGUUACGCUGGCGGUGACGUUUAUUUAAACGAAUCAAAUGGAGAAGGUGGAACUUCUUAUAUUAACACAGCACGCAGUUUAAAGGGCCUCAAUAUCAUUUAUGAGGGUGCCAACAGUGGAGCUGGUUCAGUUAUUAUCAUCCCGGCAAUUGAGGGAUGUGGUUGUGACUACCGCUGUAUUGCUUUAGAUGAAUUUCGGGCUCAAACUCAGUGUAUCUGUCCUGAUGGUUGGCACCUUAAAAAGGAUAAUAGUACCGCUUGUGAAAUGAAAGCCGAUGAUCGUAUACCAAUGCACUAUUUAGUAACACUCUUUUUAGUUCUUAUUGUAAUGUUAGGAACUGCAUUGAGUUCAUUGAUAUUAAUUUUAUAUAACCGAUAUCAAAGACAAAAACAGGCUUCAAUCCGUCAUAAAAUGUUGAUGGAGCAAGAUCUUCAACUAAGUCGUCUUAGACAUACCACUGACGAUCCGGCAUUACCAAAUUUCAACCCAAAUUAUGGUUGUGACGGCCUCCUGAAUGGUAGCGUAGAGGUUAAGAGUCUUCCGCAAGUUGCUCGAGAAAGCUUGCGCUUGGUGAAAGCCCUAGGUCAAGGUGCAUUUGGUGAAGUUUACCAAGGUCUAUACAGACACCGCGAUGGAGAUGCAGUGGAGAUGCCAGUAGCUGUCAAAACACUACCCGAGAUGUCGACCGGUCAAGCCGAAGCUGAUUUCCUUAUGGAAGCUGCAAUCAUGGCCAAAUUUAAUCAUGCUAAUAUAGUUCAUCUUAUCGGAGUAUGCUUUGAUCGACACCCACGGUUUAUAAUCCUUGAAUUGCUGGCUGGGGGAGAUUUAAAAAUUUUCCUUCGUGAAGGGCGAAACAAACCAGAGCGCCCUUCGCCAUUAAUAAUGAAAGAUUUGAUAUAUUGUGCACUGGACGUAGCCAAAGGAUGUCGGUAUAUGGAAAGUAAGCGUUUUAUACAUCGUGACAUUGCAGCGAGGAACUGCCUCCUCAGUAGUAAGGGUCCUGGGCGAGUAGUUAAAAUUGCUGAUUUUGGUAUGGCAAGAGAUAUAUAUCGAAGUGAUUACUAUCGAAAGGGUGGAAAAGCUAUGCUUCCGAUCAAAUGGAUGCCACCUGAAGCUUUCCUUGAUGGAAUUUUUACAUCAAAGACAGAUGUUUGGUCAUUUGGUGUACUUCUUUGGGAGGUCUUUAGUUUGGGACUAAUGCCAUACACUGGACUACAAAAUAGAGAUGUUAUGCACUUAGUGACUAAUGGUGGUCGUUUAGAUGCACCACCUGGUUGUCCAGCAAUAAUUUAUAGGCUAAUGGCUGAAUGCUGGAAUCCUACUCCAGAGGAGCGACCCUCAUUUUCGAAUAUUCUCGAAAGACUGAGCAUUUGCGUACAGGACGAAGAUAUGCUUAAUUUGCCCUUACCAAGCAUAUUCCGACCACCGUCGGCAGAGAACGAUCAAACUAUAAUGCGCCCACCUGGUAACGACGAUUUUUGUCUUCAAGUACCGCACUCAUCGGACUAUCUAAUACCGCUUCCUGGCCCUCGUUCUAUUACUGAUCGACUUUUACAAGAAACAACAGGUGUAACUAUUAUCGAAAGCAUGGCCACAUGUACGCCACCUGUCGUCACAUCUCCGUCUGCACCAGUGAAUGCUGACGAAAAUGGCUGCUGGGAAACAUCUUUCAUAAUGCCAAACUCCAAGAGCGAUCAACCAUUGCUAUCUUCAUCGCAUGAUUCAAAACUGAGCAUGAACGGCAUGGAAGAGGGAUCCGUAGUGGUCAAUCACAAUCACAACAAUCAUCAGCUCAAUUCACAGAGCAAAAGCCAAAGUAACAACAAUAUUCACCGAUCGUCGCCUCAAUCGACGUCGACAACAACACACAAUAGCAAUGACGACGAUGACGACGGACCUAAAUUAAUAAGUCUGGACACACCACAACCUACUCCGACAACAAUCAAGCCACCAUUAUCAUUUACACAGCUGGACGGAAUUACACUUGAUCCAUCAACUCUUACCAAGGGCAUGCAACUUAAUAAUUCAGCAGCCACAAAACAGUCCUAUGCCAAUAUACAAAUGGUAAACUCCGUCAAGUCUGAUGUACCCCCAGAAAAGAUGAACGGAUCUAUUGUUGGCAGCACGCCAAACAAUUACGAUCCUAAUGCAAUGUCAAACCACUCCAUGAACGGAAGUGCAGCGCCUCCGUUCACGAUACAGGGGUUCAAUGACCGGUAUAAUUUGAGUAAGGAUAACCAUUCCGAGAUAAGUUGUUGAAAAAAAGAUACAAUAUUAAGACAUACAAACAAAUUAUUAAGGCUUAAUGGAGGAAUGUUGUGAGUAAUAGGUUUAUAAGCUGAAUAACAAAAAAACAAAAUUAUUUAUUAGUACACAACUUUUGAGUGAGAAAGAGAAAAUAUUUAAAAUUAUAAAAAAAAAACAAAAAGCAAAUUUAAAAAGAACAUAAAAAACAUGACAAGUUGAAAGAAUGGAUAUUUUCAAAAGCUAAACUAAAAAUAAAACUUAAUUUAAUUGCUCAUUUUUAUAUUUCAUCCGAGAUUAAACGCCCAAGCUAAUAAAAUGAGUGAUUAAAAAGUGAAAAAAACAGGACUAGUUUUAUAUUAAAGCAAACAUUUUUCUAUUGGGUUUUUGACAGUAAAAAAUUCUUAGGAAUCUUCUCUAUAGCCGUGCUUUUUAUUGGUACUCAGUAUUUUAUUGAGUAAACAUUUUAUGCUGUAAACCAGUGUUUUGCAAAGUGUGGGUUGCGACCCCCAGGAUGUCCAACAUGGAAGAGAAUGUGACUUCACAUAGACACACACUUAUGAAGUGGCGAAAGGCACUUAUAACCGAAAGGCUUCGUUUGCCAGCUCAGAAUACUAUCCAUUUUUAGCAUGCCAUCUGCAGCUUUAUCUAAGAUUUUCUUUCAGUUUUACGGACGGAAGAUGAACAAGUUCAACCGAAUUAUUGAAAAAAGGAUUUGAAAGCCAUCUUAGUUCCAUUUUCACUUUCAGAAUUCAUUUCUGGAACGUAACUCAAUAGUUUCAUCUCCAAAUUUAAUAAACUCUGCACGAUGAGAGAAAUUUGGGAACUAAUAAAUAUUGAUUCUUCCGAUGAAUUUUCUUUAAGAAUUUUUUGAACUAAAAGAAUGAAAUUUGUUUGCUUGUGGAGACACGGACCAUAACCGAAGUUUUCCGAGAAAUACCUAUUCUGAUUUUGUAUAUAUGCAAUAUGUUUUCCUCUCUUCCUUAGAGACUCUUAUUUUUGAUGUUUAAGUGGUCAAAAAGAUCAGCGAGAAAUGAUAAUUUUAGAAGCCAAAAAGUUGGUUUAAAAAAAUAUUUGUUAGGAACAAAAUGGUAUUUUACUCUCUUGGGAGUAGAACCCAGACCUGGGGUCAAACUACGGCAUACGUUCGUUAACGUAUGGUUGCUAUGUGUCCCUAUUUGUUUCUACUGAUUAAAUAGAGAGAGAAAUAGUCAAAACGUUAACGUAUGAUCGUAAUCGUGUGCGGUAGUUCGACCCCUGAUCUAUUGAUUCUAUAUACGUAUGGCUGUCUUAAAAUGGACUUGGCGUCAUAUGACUUGGCCUUUAAGAUGAAAUUGCAAUCACACUGCUAAUAGGGUCUUGCGAUUUAAAAAAAACUUCUUGAUAGUUGAAUGGAAAACUGAAGCUAUGUAGACCAGGAGCCUAUUUCUCGUCAAGCUACAUUUACUACAUCAACUACAUCAACGACUUUAAACUUCAAUAUCUCCAUACCAUUUGACCUCAAGGAUAAAAUUUUAGUAUUUUUGAAUUUUUCCGACCACAAACAAUAUUUCCCUAUAUUGAAUGGAGCUUUACUAUUUUAAGGUCGUCGAUGUAGUAAAUAUAGCUGAUGUAGUUUGUCGAGAAACAGCCCCCAUGUAACAAAUGUAUAGGUUUAAAAAAUGUAAUUAAGUGUUUGACUAAUUGUAUAGAUCAUUUGAAACAUUCGACUUUAGCGAGGUAUCCGCCGGAGCGGAAAAUUCUCGGAUUUCAUACGGAUCAUGCUUUGAAGUGUACUUUCGACAGGUGUAUUCGUAUGAAUUCGGACAAAUUUCCGCUUCAACGGAUAAUAACUCGCUAGGACCGAUUGAAUCAGAUCGAUAUUUGGAAUUACCUACGCUCAUUGCACUAGUCACAAGUAAAGUUUUAAAAAAUAAAAGAAAUCAAUAUAAUGGCUGAUAGAGCUAUAUUGUACACAAAAAGAAGUAAAUACUUGUACUAGAGAGAAAAAUAUAAACUAUUUUUGAUAGGUAUGCACAAAAUGUUUAUAGAAAAUGUUCAAUAAUAAGUACCUAUAUUAUUUCAACAAUUUUGUGCAUAUCUGAAAAGAAAAUUGUAACACAAAAUGAAGUUUGACGUUUCAAUUACAAUCAAUAACCAAAUGAUAAUACGAUUCCAGGGCUUAUAGUAGGUACUGCCUUCCUCGGCAGGAAAACUUUAACCCCGACACUCGCCGCUUGACCGGACUUUGCUUAGCCGGAAAAUGAUUGGGGUUGGGGGGGGGGGGGGGGGGGUGUAAUUUAAAUAAAAAGAGUAUUGGGUGUUAUGCAAAAAAAUAGUAAAUGCUUCUGGAUCAGAGUAUGAAAAUUUUUAUCCACAUUCUGUUGAUAUCAAAAAUAGUUUAUAUUUGUGAAUCUACUACCUACAAGUUUUUUUACUUUUCAUAUCAAGCACUUCUUUAUUUUGUAAAACAAGUCUGUAUGAGCUUCAAAAACUUAUGAGUUAUGACGAUUGCACUUGGCAAUACAUUGUUUAUUUUUAAAAAUAUCCAAACUUAAAAUCUUGUUUUUGGUACAAAUGAACAAGAGCAAUGUAUACAAAAUAUUUGAAUGAGCUGAAAUAUGCUUUAAGUAUAUUUCUUUAAGAUUAAGUAUGAAAUGAAUAAAACAUAUUCUUUGUUCUGAGUUUAUAAAAAAAUAUAAUAAUUAUAAUAAUAUUUUCAUUGUGAAUGUCAAUAUCUGUUGUGUAAAAUAAAAUAAAAGAAAAUAAAGAAAAUAAGAAUAAUUAAAAAAAAAUAUGUAAUACAAUAAAAUAAAUAAUUGUAUUUAAUAUAAAAAUGUAAAAAAAAAGAACAAAAUACUUGAAUAUAAGAAAUCAAUAUGAUGAAACAUAGUUUUAGAGUGUUAAUUAAAUAUAUAUCUUUAUUUAAAAAUAGUUCUAUGGUAAGGUAAGAAGUUUAUUAUUUAUUUUUUUUUUAUUAAUGAUGGAAGUACAACAAGAAGAAGCUCAAAAACAUAAUAUUUAUUAUUAAACGAGUUUAUGAUUAAAAAUUUAAUUUUUUGUUUGAAUUUUACAAUAAUGAUAACUUGGUCAUGUAAUCAGUUGCAAGUGCUUAACUUUCUUGGGUUUGAGUCUCCCAAAAAAGUUAAUAAACAAAGGAGUUGUUAAGAAUAGAAUUAUGAACAAAUUCAUUGGUUGUGAACACAUUAGCCGGGGGACAGUGUACAGAGUUGAGAAGAGAUUUUAUUCCGCUUGGCUGGACUUUAUUACGCUAUCUCUACUUUAAAUGAAAGUACAUCAAAAAAUUGUUUAUAUUAAUAGCAGUAUUUUUGAAUUUGCCUGAAGACAGUGAAGCGGUCAUAAAAUGAAAGAGCUAAGUUACAUUUUCAAAAAUACAGCUUUUAAAUUUAAUUUUAUCCUUAAUACUAGGCCUGCGCAACCAUUGAGAUUAGAUUGAAGGUCUAAAAGGAACCCAGAAAAGUUCUUAUUCGAUAGAAACUUAACAUACAAGCUCUUCAUCUUAAGAAAAAAAGUAAAAUUUCAAAAAAUGUCCAUAGAACAAUUAUCUUCGAAGCACUUUAACUUUUUUUUGUUUCUCAAGUUAUCGAGUCUAGAAUAUUGGAAAUUUAAUUUAAUAGCCUCUAUUUGCUAUUUCACAAAUAAUUAUCUUAAUCCGAAUGUCAAAUCGAUUAGGAAAUUUCAUUUGACAUUCGAAGUAAGAUACAUUAUUACAUACAUAUAUGUACCUACAUAAUUCGCUAUAUUAUUUACAUAUUAACUUAUAUGCUUGCUAGGAAUACAACAGCAGAUUAUAAUGAAACGAGAAGAUGAUGGUGAUGUCACUAUAACUUUUAACUAACUUUUUAGUGCUAAACGUUUCUGAAACUGCCGGCCCAUUGUUAAAAGAAAAUAGUUGUUGAAUACUGAUAGAACCUAAACACUUGAUACGAGUAAUUUACGAAACUUUCAGAUUGUUUUGCUCAUUUAUUUUAUCAGAUUAUUUAAAACUACGAUGCUUAACAGAAAAGAAG